AGGGAGAGGUCUUUAGAGUCCCUGGGCUUGGCACGACGCUUGCUGCAGGAUGGCUGGCAAUUCCACUGGGGAUGUCCAUGUUCCAGGAUCCCAGCUGAGUGUCACGGACAUUAUUGUCAUCUCUGUCUAUUUUGCCUUGAAUGUGGCCGUGGGCAUAUGGUCGGCUUGUCGAGCCAACAAGAACACAGUGAGCGGCUACUUCCUGGCGGGCCGGGACAUGGCUUGGUGGCCGAUCGGAGCCUCACUCUUUGCAAGCAGCGAGGGCUCUGGCCUCUUCGUAGGAUUGGCCGGCUCGGGUGCUGCUGGAGGCCUGGCUGUGGCCGGCUUUGAGUGGAAUGCCACAUAUGUGCUUUUGGCGCUGGCAUGGGUGUUUGUACCCAUCUACAUAUCUUCAGAGAUCGUCACCUUGCCUGAAUACAUUCAGAAGCGCUUUGGUGGCCAGCGCAUCCGCACGUACUUAUCUGUCCUGUCCCUGAUGCUGUCUGUCUUCACCAAGAUAUCCAUUGACCUGUACGCAGGAGCCCUGUUUGUCCACAUCUGCCUGGGCUGGAACUUCUACCUGUCCACCAUCCUCACACUCGCCAUUACGGCCCUGUACACCAUUGCAGGGGGCCUGGCCACUGUGAUAUACACAGAUGCCCUGCAGACAAUCAUCAUGGUGGUGGGUGCUGUCAUUCUGGCAGUCAAAGCUUUCAACCAGAUCGGUGGUUAUGAGCAGCUGGAGGCGGCGUAUGCCCAGGCCAUCCCCUCCAGGACCAUCCCCAACACCACCUGCCACCUGCCGCGAGCAGACGCCAUGCAUAUGUUCCGGGACCCUUCCACAGGAGACCUCCCGUGGACUGGGAUGACCUUUGGUCUGACCAUCAUGGCCACCUGGUACUGGUGCACUGACCAGGUUAUUGUGCAGCGGUCCCUGUCUGCCCGGAACCUGAACCAUGCCAAGGCGGGCUCCAUUCUAGCCAGCUACCUGAAGAUGCUUCCCAUGGGCCUGAUGAUCAUGCCAGGCAUGAUCAGCCGAGUACUGUUCCCAGACGAUGUGGGCUGCGUGGUACCAUCCGAGUGUCUGCGAGCCUGUGGGGCUGAGGUUGGCUGCUCCAACAUUGCCUACCCGAAGCUGGUCAUGGAGCUGAUGCCCGUAGGUCUUCGAGGGCUGAUGAUCGCAGUAAUGAUGGCUGCUCUCCUGUCAUCCCUGACCUCCAUCUUCAACAGCAGCAGCACGCUCUUCACCAUGGACAUCUGGAGGCAGCUUCGGCCCAGCGCGGGGGAGCGGGAGUUGCUGCUGGUGGGACGGCUGGUCAUCGUGGUACUCAUCGGUGUGAGCGUAGCCUGGAUCCCGGUCCUGCAGGGCUCUAACAGUGGUCAGCUUUUCAUCUACAUGCAGUCAGUGACCAGCUCGCUGGCGCCCCCUGUCACCGCCAUCUUCAUCCUGGGCAUCUUCUGGAGGAGGGCCAAUGAACAGGGGGCCUUCUGGGGCCUGAUGGCCGGGCUGGUGGUGGGUGCCCUGAGGCUGGUCCUGGAAUUCCUGUACCCGGAGCCCCCGUGCGGCCAAAUCGAUACCCGGCCAGCCCCCCUCCGCAGCCUACAUUACUUGCACUUUGCCAUUGCCCUCUUCCUCCUCACCUGUGCUGUGAUGGCCGCUGGGAGCCUACUGAGCCCGCCCCCUCAGCAAAGACAGAUUGAAAACCUCACCUGGUGGACUCUGGCUCCAAACUGGUCCUUAAGAACUAAAACAGGUGAUGACCAGACACCCCAGAAACGUGCUUUCUGGGCCCGCGUGUGUAAUGUCAACGCCAUCUUCCUCAUGUGUGUCAACAUUUUCUUCUAUGCCUAUUUUGCCUGAUGCUGCCACCACACCAGUGGGAAGACAGGCGCUUCAAGUCCUCAGGACCGCCUUCCUUCCUGGAUUGGACAUGAAGGCCCAAGGAAUAGAAUGUGCCCACAGAUAAACAGUGGCCAAUCCCACGUGUCUGGCUGAGCCAGCAGACACGGUGCUCUGAAAA